CGCCUGCGCAAUGGGCACCACGCCCUCUCUCUUUCCCAGUCGGGUUCUUAUUGUGCUUUUUGUUCUGGAAUAGAAGGCUCCGGGACAGAGGCUUUUUCGCUUUUCUCUCCUUCCCAUAGCCUUCCCGCCUAUGGACCCUAAAAGCUACUACUGCUGCUGCUGCGGAGCUAGACGGCUACUGUCUCAGCUCUAGGAUGUGCGCUCUUCCUUUAGAAGCUCUAUGGAGGGAGUGAGGCAAUUAAAAAGCAGUGGAAUGGAAAGUAAGUGCUGUGGUCAUCCCCUAUUAAGCUCCCUGUCAACGAUGUAUACAUUCCUGCUAGGGGCUGUAUUCAUUGCUUUAAGCUCAAGUCGCAUCCUGCUGGUAAAAUAUUCAGCCAAUGAAGAGAACAAAUACGAUUAUCUUCCAACUACUGUCAAUGUGUGUUCGGAGCUGGUAAAGCUAGUUUUCUGUGCAAUUUUGUCAUUCUGGGUUAUCAAGAACGAAGAUCAUCAAAGUAGAAGCUUGAGAUGUGCUUCCUGGAAGGAGUUCUCCAGUUUCAUGAAGUGGUCCGUUCCUGCCUUUCUUUAUUUCCUGGAUAAUUUGAUUGUCUUCUAUGUUCUUUCCUAUCUUCAGCCUGCCAUGGCUGUUAUCUUCUCAAAUUUUAGCAUUAUAACAACAGCUCUUCUAUUCAGGAUAGUGCUGAAGAGGCAUGUAACCUGGAUACAGUGGGCUUCCCUCCUGAUUCUGUUUCUGUCUAUUGUGGCCCUGACCGCCGGAACUAAAACUUCACAGCAUAACCUGGCAGGACAUGGAUUCCAUCAUGAUGCCUUCUUCAGCCCAUCCAAUUCCUGCCUUCUUUUCAGAAGUGAGUGUCCCAGAAAAGACAAUUGCACAGCAAAGAAGUGGACUUUUUCUGAAGCUAAGUGGAACACCACAGCCAGGGUUUUCAGUCACAUCCGUCUUGGCUUGGGCCAUGUGCUUAUUAUAGUGCAGUGUUUUGUUUCUUCAAUGGCCAAUAUCUAUAAUGAAAAGAUAUUGAAGGAGGGGAACCAGCUCACUGAAAGCAUCUUCAUACAGAACAGCAAACUCUAUUUCUUUGGUGUUCUUUUUAAUGGACUGACCCUGGGCCUCCAGAGCAGUAACCGUGAUCAGAUUAAGAACUGUGGGUUUUUUUAUGGGCACAAUGCAUUUUCAGUAGCCCUUAUUUUUGUAACUGCAUUCCAGGGCCUCUCAGUGGCCUUUAUUCUGAAGUUCUUGGAUAACAUGUUCCAUGUUUUGAUGGCCCAGGUCACCACUGUCAUCAUCACAACAGUGUCCGUCCUGGUCUUUGACUUCAGGCCCUCCCUGGAGUUUUUCUUAGAAGCCCCAUCUGUUCUUCUGUCCAUAUUUAUUUAUAAAGCCAGCAAGCCUCAAGGUCUGGAAUAUGCACCUAGGCAAGAAAGGAUCCGAGAUCUAAGUAGCAGUCUUUGGGAGCGCUCCAGUGGGGAUGGAGAAGAACUGGAAAGACUUACCAAACCCAAGAGUGAUAUUGAGUCAGAUGAAGAUACUUUCUAAUUGGUACCCAAAUAGUUGGCAUCUCUCACAAACCUUAUGCUCCCGUUUUCAGCAUGUGUAAUACUUGUCUUUUCACUUCGAUAAACCAAGAACAUUUAUAAAGCAUAAUCCUCUCUGCAUAUAUCUAACCACUCCCUGAACAGUUCCGUCCAAGACUUAGAGUCCCCAAAGGCUAAGAAGUUCUAAGGAACUGACAGAGGAGUAAUAGCAUGGAGGCUGCGUUAAUGGUCCUGUGCUUGAUAAGUCAGGAAGAAAUAUUCGCAGAUGAUUUUCCUCGUCCUCCAAGGUUCCAAAAAACUUGUAGUAAUCAUGUGAGCUGAACCCUAUAAAUAUACAAAUAGAGAUCGGUUUGCCAGAUAGUCAUGAUUUUGUAGUUCUACUCUGCAUGCCGAGGUCUUCCCUUUUUAUCGUUAUAAAUUUCACCUAGGUUGUCCCUUGAAUUUUGAGGCCCUGGAGAUACACAUUUUGCAAUUAAAAGCAACAUGACUCUUUCUAAAAAAUUUGGUGGAAGGACCUUACUGUCUAGCUGCAACACUGAUUUGAGGUUUAGAUAGUCUGUGCUAAAUGUUUUGCUAAAGAAGCAAUUUUUCAGAAACAAAAUCUCAGAAAUUUAAUUUCUAGGAAAUCAUAGGGAAUUUGAUUUUUAGUGAUUGUCUCUUGAUGUUUUUCUACAGAAAUAAGCUUUAGUUUAGGUGAAAACUGGUUGUAAGUCACUACACUUAUCACUUGUAUUUUAAAUCACUUACGCAAGCUGCGCUGGGUUUUUUCUCAGUUUGACCUCAUUACUCUUGGAUUAUUAUAUUUUGAAGAACUAAUAAGCCAUUUCAUUUUAUUAGUUAUUAAUUAGAACUUAGGGUGAUUAUAUGUGUGUUUGUCAUAUCCUGUUGCUAUGAGUUGAGACAGUGGCUUCAGAAUCAUACCAGAUUGUCAGUAAGAUUUAUGCCUAAGAUUCCUUUUAAAAGGAUCAUUUUGCAAACAAAUGACAUUUACUGAAAUACGAAUAGUAUAACUCUACAAAGAGGAAGGCCAUUAAUAAAUAAAGCCCUUUACAGUAAUGACAUUUCACACUUCAAGUGCAUGGUCUUUUUCAAGGUAUUUUUGCAUGCAGCCAAUUGACUCCAUGAGGUAGAGAAUUCUGUCAGGUGAUAGGUUAUUUAAAAGUGAGAAAACGGAAGUGACUUGCCCAAGGUCAUGCAGCUGGAUGGCGAUUGGACAAGAGUCAGCUUUAGCUAGUCGGCCUGUGUGCUUACAGAGCAUCACACUGCAGAUGUGUACACUGCACUUUAAGGCGUCAUCCUCAUGCUGUCUAUUCAUUUUUUCUCUUCUUUCCCCUAAUUUUUGUACAGAAGAACAUAAUACUGUUAUAUAAUCCAUCUGUAUUAUCCAGAAUAAUAUGACUGGUAAGAGUUGGUGGAAAUUUAUAAAUAAAAUAAUUAUUAAACCUA